AUGUCUUACAACAACAACGACCGCGACAACUCGUCCUACGGUGAGGACCGCAGCUCAGGCUACGGCAAUCGUGACCGCGACGAUGAGAACUCAUCGAGCCGCAACGACAACUCCUACUCCAACAAGCAGUCGAGCGGCUACGGCGACGAUAAUGAUUCGUACUCCAACAAGAAGUCAAGCUACGGCGACGAUAAUGAUUCGUACUCGAACAAAAAGUCAAGCUACGGCAACGACGACAACUCCUACUCCGGCAAUCAGUCGUCCGGCGUUGGCCGCAGCAACAACGACUCCUCGGACUCGUACGGCCGACAGAGGAAAGAGUCCGGCUUUGGCGUCGACGACCAAGACACGCUCGACUCCAGCGACAAGAACAGCAAGAGCAAGAGCUUCGGCGACCAGUCCGGUGCUUUCGGAUCCAAGAACAACAGCGGCAGCAGUGGCUACGGCAACAACAACGAUGAUGAGUACUCGAGCAAGAAGUCCUCGGGCUUUGGAAACGACAAUGAGGAGUCGUACGAGUCCAAGAAAUUGAACGAGUUUGGUAGCGGCAACAACAACAACAGCAGUGAAGGUUCGUACGGAGCCAAGAAUUCCAGCUACGGCGAUGACUCAAACACCGAUUCCUACGGAUCCAAGACUUCCAGCGGCUACGGCAACAAUGAUAAGGAGGACUCAUACGGCUCCAAGAAGUCGAGCUACGGCAAUGAUUCGAACGAGGAUUCGUAUGGCUCGAAGAAGGCAAGCUACGGCAACGACAACGAUGACUCGUAUGGCGCCAAGAAGUCAAGCUACGGCGACGACAAUGACAACUCGUACGGAUCCAAGAAUGACCGCGAGGAGACGAGCUACGGCGGCUCGAGGCGCGACAAUGACUACUAG